AUUUAAAAAUACACAUUUAAUUUGUAAAAUUUCUGUAUAAAGAUCAUGUCACUUUAGUAAAAGAAAUUAUAUCCAUGUCGCAUUGAAAUCCAGUGGUUUAGAAUUUAGAAUAUUUCUCGCAUGCACGACUUUUUUAAUCUAUACAUUUACUAUAAAUUUGAUAAAGUGUGUGAAUUCUUACUUCCUCGGUAAGACACGUGACAUGUGUAUAAUUAUGUAUGUGUAUACGUGGUGGAGAGUGCAACUAUGUGAACGUAUGGAGGUUUCCUGAACGUGGCGACAUUUGUAACCCAAAUUUUCUACACGUUACGAGAAACUGAAUGUGCAAUUGUAACGUAAACCGAUCGUAUCGAGAUUCGAACAUAGUUCGUAAAUUGCUUCUAAUAAACAAGAGGUAAUUUAGUGUUUUGUACAAAGUUAAUAUGGCAACAUCUGAGAGCGAUGACUUUGAAAGCGCUGACGAGGAGAUGAACCAUGAUAUACCAACAAAAAGAAGUACUCAAAUACAACAGCGGAAUUUACCAAACACGAUAGAUUCGGAAUCUGAUGAUGAUACGGAAUAUGUGCCUCGACAACCGUAUACAAAUAUAAAUUUCGGUAGAAGUAAAAAAAAAUAUUGGCCAACAAUGGAUACGUCAACUAAUGAAACAAGAGCUGAUAAAGAUAUCAGUACUAAAGAUACACGUAAUUAUGAGAAGCACGAGCAGCCAAUUAUCAAUAUUGACGGAACUUGUGAAAAAAAUGAGGAAAACAUUUCAACUAUCGAUUCACAGAAAGUAGAAUGUGCACAGAUCAACACUGGUGACACAGACUUGAAAGUGGAAAAUAAUAAUGGAAACAUAAAGUUAAGAAAAGAUAAAAUAGAAGUAUCUCCUGAAAAAGAUGUUAAUAUGGACUUACAUUCUGAGUUGACAGUUAAGUUGAAUGAAAAAGAAAAGAUUCAACACAAAGGAAAGAAAUUAGGUGUUAAGAAAUUAGGAACAAGGGUUAUGUCAAGUAGUAUUCUUAUGACUGAUAUAGAUAACAUAGAUAGACAUAUUAAUGAAAGGGAUAUACUGAUGACAGGAGAAGAUGUGCUUAGUAAAUUUUCUAUGCAAGAUGAAAUAACAGAAUCUGAUAUGCCAGAAGAAUUGAAAUCUGAUAAAACAUUCAAAGAAAUAUUUAAAUCUGAAGGUUGGGAAGGACUUGAAGAUCCGAUUGAAUUACCAGAGGAAUUGAUCGAGGAGAAAUUGCAACCAGUAUUAAAAAGAUUAUCAUUAGUUGCUGAAGAAACAGGUAGCUCAUCCACAAGUUGGGGUUGGGGUAAUUGGGGUGUAAGUUCUUUAAUUAAUACAGCUAGUGUUGGAGUUUCUACAAUAACUAGCCAUGUAUCACAAGGACUUACUCUUUUGGAAGAAUCAAUGGCUUUAUCUGAUGAACCUAAAUCAAAUGAAGAAGAAGAAAAUCAGACAGACAAUGAUGAUAAAGAGGAACAGACCAAAGAACAAUCUUCUUUCGGGUUUGGAAAUCUUAUAUCAAGUGUAUCAUCAAUAACAAAACUGGUUGAAUCAACUGGAAGCAAAGUUGUGAGUGGUGGAUUAGAUACGUUAGAAGCCAUUGGUAAAAAGACAAUGGAAGUUUUACAAGAAGGUGAUCCAGGCUUAAAGAAAAAGAGGACCUUCUUUAUAAAUGAAACAGAUAAGCCUAAUUUAUCUCAGAUCCUACGAGAAGCUAAGGAAAAAGCAGAUAGCACAGAAAGAACAAUGGAAGAAAGACAGAAAAUGAGAAAAGUACAUUUUGAAAGUCUCUUUGAUGAUUAUCAAGGACUUGUUCAUAUAGAAGCAUUAGAAAUGUUAUCAAAACAAAGUAAUAUUAAAAUACAACAGCAUUUGAAUAGCUUAGAUACAAAUGAAUUAAAUUCUGUUGAAAAAAUGUUGGAAGAAGUUGAAGAAUUAUGUGCAUUAGAUGAUGAAUACAAUGAUGAAAUAGAUGAGAAAGACUUGAAAUAUAAAUUACAAGAAGCUUGCAGCGAUCUUGGAAUUAACAUUACAUAUGAAAAGUUACACGAGGCUUUUCAAGAUUCUAAAAAUUAUACUAAUUCACCACAUAAUGAUCAAGAAACUUUUGAACAUGCUAUUUCAGUUUUGGCACAAUUUACAGCAUUAUCUGUAGAAAGGUUUCAUAAAACUGCAGAAUUACUCUUAAUCAAAGAACAUCGAAGCACUGUUAAUGAAACUGAUUCACUAGUUCAGUUAACAAAUAUUCUGUCUAAUCAAAUUGGAAUAUUAGCUAAUACUUACUGUAGUAUUUUAAAUAAGCUUGCAGAAACUUCAGAUAAACCUCAUACUAUUAAAACUAAUAUAACAACGAUUCUCAUGGAGGCUUCAAAUGCAGGUUCUUACAUUCAACAUGCCUUCAAAUUGUUGAUUCCCAUCAUAGAAGUUGGUGCUAUAUAACGAUGAGUAGAAGUAUUUUUUUUAAUACUCGUUCUGCAUAUAUUGUAAAAAAAAAACUAAUACAUUUCAGAUAAUUAGUGCAAAUAACUUUUUCUAAUAUGUUUCGGGAUAGAAAGAAAGUUUUGCACGUUAUAAAGAAAGGAUAGAAAAUAAGAGAAAAAUAAAAAAAAAAAUAACACUUUUUGUACUAUAUAAAUUGUAUGGAUUUACAAUGUAUUAAAACAGAAAGAAAAAUUAAAGUUAUCUGUAAAAAAUUUCUAGCAACUUGUUUAAAAAAAUCUAA